GCGGGCGCGGCGGAGCGGGCUGUGGCGGCGGCUGCUCCGCGGCCGCUCCUCCUCCUCCUCCUCCGCCGCCGUCGCCGGCCGCCUCAUGGCGGCCCUCGCCGGUGUUUUCGUCUGGGACGGGCAGCGCAUCGAGGAGGAGGAGCUGCAGCGAUCUGCACAAGAGAUGAAGCACAUGGAGAACAUAUCCAACCUGUUUCAUGGCAGCACCCCAGACAAUUAUCAGAGGCUGGAGUCCAAAUCAGAACGGGAAGCAAUGUCUGCUUCUGGGGAGCAGCCCUGGGAGAUGAUCAUGGACAAGAAGCACUUCAAGCUCUGGAGGCGUCCGAUUGAGGGCACCCAUUUGUAUCAGUACAGAGUAUUUGGAACAUACACAGAUGUGACUCCCAGGCAGUUCUUCAAUGUACAGCUGGACACUGAGUAUAGGAAGAAGUGGGACUCGCUGGUCAUCAAGUUGGAUGUCAUUGAGAGAGACCUGGCCACAGGUUCAGAAGUGAUUCACUGGGUAACUCACUUUCCAUACCCUAUGUACUCACGAGACUACGUAUACGUUCGACGGUACAGCGUAGACAAAGAGAACAAUAUGAUGGUACUAGUGUCACGGGCAGUGGAGCACCCAAGCGUCCCAGAAGAUCCCGAGUACGUUCGGGUCAGAACCUACGAGUCUCAGAUGGUCAUCCGUCCGCACAAAACGUUUGAUGAGAACGGUUUCGACUACUUGCUGACAUACAGUGACAACCCACAAACCGUGUUCCCACGCUACUGCGUCAGCUGGAUGGUCUCUAGCGGUAUGCCGGACUUUCUGGAGAAGCUGCAUACGGCCGCCCUGAAAGCCAAGAAGAUGGAGAUCGAAGUGCGGGACUAUAUGUCUGCCAAGCCCAUCGAAAGCGGCGGUGAGGGGAAAGCGAGCGUUUCGAGCGCCGAGCACAAGAGCGAAGGCACCCGCAGCCCUGCCCAGCUGGAGUACGCCUAAGGGGCCGCCGCUGCGGGGUGCUGGGCUCCGCAGAAGGACUUGGGAUGAUGUGCAGCCACUGGAGCUUAGUUCAGCUGUUUCCCCGCCUCCCCACCUUCUCGUCUCCAAAGCUCUGCUUCCUCCUGCCGGGUAGCCUGGGGAUGGGGAUGGCGAUGCUGCCCGCCGCGUGAUGUUACGCUCGUGGCCGGGCCAGCGAAGCGUGAUGUCGUGUAAUCGCCUCUCUCUGCCGGUGUGCGUUUUUUUCCCCGUGGCAGGAAGGAAUACCGUAGAAACACCUCCUCUGUUGCAGUACGGAUGGCGUCUCUCCAUCCUCCGCCCAAUCCCUCCUUUCCUCACCUUUCUUUGGACUCUCAGACCCAAAAGUCGUUGGGUCCAGCAAAACACCACGGCCAGUGCUGCCCUGCAGCGUCCAACUUUCUUUUCCGCCGCCGCCUCUCCGGUCUUUAACAGCGCUACUAAUUCACCGCUCUCCCACCGGCGUCGGCGGGGACGGGAGGUGGCAGCGCGCGGCGCCGAGCAGCCGGCCGGCGGAGCCGCUUGGCCGCGGACGCCGCCCCGCUGCCCAAGUGCCUUGCUGUCGGCGGCGCUGCGGAAGGAGGAUGCUUCGCCGUCGUGUCAUCGUUUUGCCAGCGGAAGACCCUCUGACGCGCCGCUGCGCCCUCGGAGCGGAGGGGGCCACGGCGGGGGGGAUUUGCGUCGCUCGAGAGAGGCCUGAACCAGAUGAAUUGUGUAAACUGGGGUGAACGCUACCUUGGGGUUUGGGUUUUUUUCCUUUUUUUUUUUUUUUUUUUUUUUUUAAGCUGUUGUUUCUUUGCUGGGGAGGGCUCGUGGGAUCAGCGAGCACCUUUCUGCCGCGACUAACCGGAGAGCUGAAGCCUGCUUCGUAGCGACGGCUCGCACGCCCACCGCGCGUCUCGGGAGGAUCAGAGGGACUUCGGCGAGAGCGAACCUGGUGGCGACGGGGCCUGCGCGGGGCGGGGGGCACGGGGAUGGGGGGACCGGAGGAAUCUGUAUGACUGGCAAAAAUAUUAAUAAAUCAUCUGUCAUAGCAACAGCUAAACUA